AUGUGCAUAUUCAAAAUGCCUUCUAAAUUAAUAUUCAGUGCUAAGCAAAUUCUUAAAAGAUCACACACUAAUUUUCUGACAAGAAAUCAAUCGGCCAAUGUCCCAAAAGGCCACAUUGCAAUAUAUGUUGGAGAAUAUCAGAAGAAACGUUUCAUUGUUCCAAUUUCAUAUAUAAAUCAUCCUUUGUUUGUUGAUUUGCUUAAUCGUGCUGAAGAAGAGUUUGGAUUCAAUCAUCCAAUGGGUGGCCUCACGAUUCCUUGUCAAGAACAUGUAUUCAUUGAUCUCACUUCUCGAUUGCAAACCUCAUGA